GGUAUAGACUGAUCCUCCUGCUAGUGUCAGGUGGUUGAUUGUUAUUAUAAGAGCUGGUCAUGUGCCUACUGGAUAUACCUGCAGCUGCAUUCUCCAGGACCUAAUAUAGACAUGACUAACAACCACUCCAACCCAUAACUGAAUGAACUGUAUAAUCCAUACCUACAAUGGUCACUGCUCUAUUGUAUAAUGAUACUAUUAGCUCUAGUGUGGAGUGUAUAGCACUGUGUAUGUAGUUGUGUUUGUGUUAUUGUUGUUGAUUGUUUGUUUAUUAUUUCAUUUCCUAAUGUCAUCAGGUCCUGUUUAUCCCUUGCCAGUGAUAUAGUGAAGACACUGUGUGAGAAGAGAACCAGCUGCGUACUGCUAGAUCAGAAUGACAGAGACUUGGCUUGUGUCAUCUCCUCUCUGGUUCAGAUAAUGGCCGACCCUCACUACAGGACCAUAUCUGGGUUUGAGUCACUAGUCCAGAAGGAAUGGGUAGCUAUGGGUCACCCUUUCAUGACCAGGAGUGGAUUAAUAACUGACGCUCCUUCUAAUGAGGAACUAGUACCUGAUGGACAGGCUCCAGUCUUUGUCCUAUUCUGUGAUUGUGUCUGGCAGUUAACUGUUCAGUUUCCUUCAGCAUUCCAGUUCACUCCUUCUUUCCUGGUCAAGUUUGUCUCUCUCACUGCCAGUUCAAUAUACAGCAACUUUGUCUUUGAUUCAGCCAAAGCUCGAGUUGAGGCCUCCAACCACAGCAAGAGGAGCAGCUACUACGUGAGUCAGUCGGUGGACCUGCAGGGUAGCCACUCUGAUGCUGAGAAGUACGAGGGCCCACUGGUCUCUGCCUGGGGCAAGUGGAGGAGCUCAUUAACAGCUGAAGAGACAGAGAACUGGUUGAACCCGUUUUAUUAUAUAUUUGGAUCAGGAGACGCUCAUAACGAGUUCACGUUUACUGGGAACCUGUUGCCUUUUGAGUCUUCAGUUUUCAAUUUGUUAUUUUCGGAUAUGCUCCCUGAUAAAACCUCAGGAGGUAAUUUUGGUCUAUAUUCCGACCAGCCCCUCCCUCUCUCACUCAGCUCUCAUGAGCUCACUCCAGAGAGAGCAGAGCAAGUGUCCCUUCACUCCAUUAGUUCUUCCUCUCCUUCUCCUCUACUCCUCCCCAACACUGCAAUGCCUUCCCUUGUCUUCUGGGUGGACUAUUUCUUCCGAUUCAUUCCUGACUAUUCCUCCACUAAACUCACUGUCUCUAACUCUCAGCAGCUCCAGAGUAAGCUAGUGAAAGAGGUUAGGAAGCUAAAGGAAGCUCUCAAUGACUUAGAGCUGGAGAGAGGAGAACAGACAAGUGACUUCUCUCGUUUCAUUCGUGAGAUUAUGAAAGCAAGAGACGAAGAGAAAAGACUCCGGAAGCUAAAGAGAGACGCUUCUCAUGAGAUAGCUCGUCGGAUGUCAGCGUUCAUCACCAUGUCAUCAGAGGACGAGGACUGUGACCGGAGUCUUGAUAAACUCAACUCUCCCGUUGGGUCGGUUCAUGACAAAGCUAAGACUCUUCCAGCUAAACUUGAUGAUUCUCUCAGUAAAUUUGCAGAUGAGCUCCACAAUAAUGGAGAGUUUGCUAAGCGAUUCCUGACAGCCUCUACAGGCGGUACUGGUGGGCGGAGUCCAGUACUCAAGACAAAGAUUACGAUACAGAAAGAGGACAGUAGUCAGAACCCGUUGUCACCAGCCUCUAGAUGGUUAGGGGCGUCACAGUUGACCCCGCCCACUGCUAAUAGCCCGAUAAUGCCCAGCCCACCCAUUACCAUGCAUAAGAAGAUGAUCGGGACAGUAAUGGAGGGAGGGAACAGUCAGGACCAUGAACUGAUUGAUUUAUAAAGUUGAUGUUAUCACACACACCACAUUAUGAUUAAAUUAUUAUUAUUAUUAUUAUGUUCUGCUGCAAUUACUGUGACGUCUCUCUCUCUCUUUAUGGUCAGUCAUUAUUUAAUUUUAUUCAAUUUGUAAAGUAACAUCUUUUGGUAGAGUUAAUGACAUCCAUUUCAUUGCCCA